UAAACGCAUUUGAAGUGUUGAGUUGUUGAUUGUAGCCUUUGCAUUUAUGUUCCAAUUUUUUUAUUUUCAAUCCGCUUUAAGUUAGUUUCACUAAUGUUUUUGACUCCACCGUAGUUUUAGGAUGACAAUGGAAAGGAGGAUAAAGUUAAAAGCACUAAACAGUCACAUUACUUGCAAGAUAUGUCGCGGAUACUUCAUCGACGCGACUACGGUCACUGAGUGUCUUCAUACGUUUUGUAAAAGCUGCCUGGUGAAACACUUGGAGGAGAAUAACACCUGUCCAACAUGCGACAUAGUUAUACACCAAUCCCACCCACUACAGUACAUCAGCUUCGACCGGACAAUGCAGGACAUAGUGUAUAAGUUAGUGCCUGACCUGCAGGACAAUGAGAUAAAGCGUGAGCGUGACUUCUACCGGGCUCGCAACCUGCCAUGCCCCAAGGAUGCAGCAUUGGCUGCAGACAAGCCUGGUGCUGAUGAGCCAGAGCAACCGGAUAAUACUGACUGUCAUAGGAAAGAUGAACAGGUUAAUGUAUGCCUGGAGUGCAUAUCAACGUCCUUGAGGACACUAAAGCGCAGCUUCAUCCGGUGCUCGGCACAGGCCACCAUUACUCACCUAAAGAAGUUUAUAGCUAAAAAGGUUUUAAGUGGCAUGGAGAAGUAUAGAGAAAUUGAUAUACUAUGCAACGACGAAUUACUAGGCAAGGAUCAUACAUUAAAGUUCGUGUACGUUACACGUUGGCGAUUCCGUGACCCGCCAUUGAGACUGCAGUAUAGACCUAAAAUUGAUUUGUAGGGAGGAUAAAGGAAUUUUAUAAAAUUUGAAAACUACAUAACACUUCCCAAUUAGAUAUUCGUCAGGAAUAAGCUAGGCCUCCUUAUUUUUUUGAAUAAAGAAGAUACAGUUUUGCAGAUGGCGCGAAAAUCGCUUCUCUAAUUUUAUACAGAAAAUAAUUUGAAAGCAUUUCUGAUUUUAAAUUUCCAUAAAUGGAUGUCUAGCUUACUGACACUAAAAAUGAAACGUAAAAGGAAGUGAAUAAUGUUUGUAUUGAAUAUUUCUAAUAUCUAGAAGUUUAAUCUAACUUUAGUUAAAAUUUAUCUUCCACAAGUCAACAUGUUUUAGUUGAAUUAUACUUGUAUUAGUUCAAUUAAUCCAUAUAUUUUUAUGUUUCCUCAAAUGUAUAUUUAGUUUUUGUUAAUUUUGUUUAAUAAGUAUGCUUCGGUUAUUAUUUGGUAAAACUAAAAUUAGAUUAAUUAAAUGAAAUCUCCACGGAAUGGUAAAAGUAUUUACGAAUUAACGUUUCUUUAGUUCUUAUUAGUUAAUGGAGUAAUUAAUAAUUUAGGUUUAAUGAAACAAAUAUUUAAUAAAGCGAAAUUAUAAUUGAU